AUGGCUUUCCAUAAAGAAUUCAACAAGAGACCCUUUGAAUCGACUUCCGGGACAACUUCCCAGCGCAAGAGAUUUCGGUCGCCGAACAACGACGGCGCUGCUAAGACUUCCUUUCGAAGAAAAGUUGUCUUACCUAUAUUCGAGCCGUCCGGUAUUCUGGCGCUAGAGACUCACAACAAAGAAGGCAUACAGCUCUUGCACACAGAACCGCAAGACUCGGUCUCGCCUCUUUCUUAUUAUAGAAAACAUUCACUUCCACUCCGCAAGCAGACACAUUUCCAAGCUGUGGUUUAUAAGGACUCGGAUGAAAAUUACCUCUCUAAAUACAAUCUGCUGGAACGGACAAACUACUUGAUUGGUAGGAAACUUAACACAGACGAUGAACCCUCGCUGCAAGAUGAGAACCGUGAAAUAGUGCUUGCUGACAUCCCGAUCCCCGAAGAAACGUGUUCAAAACAACACUGCGUGAUACAGUUCAGAGAAAACAAGCAAAAUCAGCUCAAAGCGUACGUCAUUGAUUUGGACUCAUCCAAUGGUACCAUGCUGAAUAACGUUGCUCUUCCGAGAGCCCGGUACGUUGAGCUGAAAGAUCAAGACGUAAUCCGGUUUUCUAAAGAUGACUCGGACUCAGACUAUUUUCUUGUCUUCAUUUCAGCGUGA